AUCAGUUGCUGUUGGUGCGGGAUUGGGAGCGGCACAUCACUUGGCGCGGGUUAAGAUGUAUUCUCGUGUGCUGUCGGUUGUGUUGUGCUGGUGUUUGUCGUUGCUGUGCGUGAGUGUGGCUGGAAGUAAUGAUACAGCUACCGUUCCUGCGGAGAAGUCUACGGAUCCGAGCUCCACCGGGUACGGGUUUGAGAUGAUAAUGGCCAAACUGGACUACCUACAGUACAAGCUGCUCGAGAUGGACUUUGUGAUGAAGGAGCACAGCGAAGGUAUCGGACAGAACCAGGCCCAUCUGGAGAAAGUGUUCGGCAGCAUGCUGUGGGCGAUCAGUCGGCUGGAUCAAGCGGUGGGCAACAAUCUAACCGCGCUGCAGGCCCAAUCCUGGAAGAUACUAUCCCGCCAAACCAUCUGCUCCAACCACGACCAAAUGCGGAGUGAGCUGUUCAGUCUGGCGCCGAGACAGGGCCUUGCGCCCAAUGCACGCUCCCUGUUCGAGCUGCAGGGUAUGCGGCACAAGGGCCCGUUCGAAUCGUGCCGCGAUGAGCCGUCCAAGAUGUCGGGCAAGUAUUUGCUGCGGGCGAGCAACGACGUGGAACCGUUCCCGGCGUACUGCGAGCAGACCAAGUUCGGCGGUGGUUGGUUGGUGAUACAGCAUCGGUUUAAGGGUGCGCUCGAUUUCUUCCGCAACUGGACGGAGUACCGGGAUGGGUUCGGGAACGUCGAUCAGGAGUUUUGGAUUGGGCUGGAGCGCUUGCAUCAGCUGACGUCGGUCAAACCGUACCAGUUGCUGAUCGAGGUGGAAGACUUUGCCGGUGACUAUCGGUACGCUCGGUACAAGGAGUUUGAGAUUGGCAGUGAGGCGGAGAUGUACAGCUUGAAGAAGCUGGGCGCGUACAGCGGCACGGGCGGCGACUCGCUGACGUACCACAAGGGGCACAAGUUCACGACGAUGGAUCGCGAUAACGAUGGGGCACCCACGAACUGUGCGGUGACGUGCGAGGGUGCCUGGUGGUACAACAACUGCCACCAUUCGAAUCUGAACGGCCGGUUCAUGAACGCGGUGGAUGUGAAGUCGAUCUCGUGGUAUCAUUUCAAGAGCUCGCACCAGGGCAUGGCUUACACUAGGAUGAUGAUAAAGGAGGUUUAGGUUGAUGCAAGUGGUGGAAUAAUGUGUAAGAUAAAUAAAAUAAAGCGCCGGUUGUAAUGCGUAUGGUUGCCCAAGUGGCAAAUAGUAUUAAA